UCUAAAUGGUUGAUAAUGAUAUGUUAUUGCCCUCAAUAUGAAAUUGCCUUGGGUGCGUCGGAACAAAUAUACAGUCUUCACAAGACAUCUUUUGAAUUAUGGGACAAUAACAAACUUUUAGGAGUGCCACCUAGGAACGUGAACAUGAGACUGAGUCUUUUAGCCACUCAUGGUCAGCAAUGGCUGCUUGCCGUGCAACCUCAUGGCGUCAGGAGCUUUGUAAGCAGUGGAAAGUCUGGGGAAGGCAGUAACAGGCAGAGUGUUGGACUGGCUGAACGGGCUACAUGCCGUAUGUGGUGCAUGUGUGGCACAUCCCUGUCUUCUCCAGCCUUCAUGCAGAUUGCUCUCACAGCAAGGCAUGCAGCACAGUCGUGCCACACAUCAGCCACUAUGUCUAUCGGUCAGUUACAGCUCACAAAGCCUGCCCCAGAAUGGUCUUCCAACGCGGUUGUCAACGGAGAGUUCCAGGAAAUCUCCCUGGCGCAGUUCAGAGGCAAAUACCUCGUCUUCUUCUUCUAUCCUGCUGACUUCACAUUUGUGUGUCCAACAGAGAUCAUUGCAUUCAGCGACCGCGUGGAGGAGUUCAGAGCUAUUGGUUGUGAGGUGGUGGCAUGCUCCCCUGACAGCCACUUCUCUCACUUGGCAUGGGUGAACACACCCAGGAAGCAGGGAGGGCUGGGCAGCAUGAACAUCCCUAUCCUGUCUGACAAGACCUAUGACAUUGCCAAGGCUUACGGUGUCUUCAAGGCUGAUGACGGCCUGGCUUUCAGAGGCCUGUUUAUCAUUGAUGACAAGAGCAACCUACGCCAGAUCACCAUCAACGACCUACCUGUGGGACGCAGUGUGGAUGAGACCCUGCGACUUGUCAAGGCCUUCCAGUUCACAGAUAAACAUGGAGAAGUGUGCCCAGCCAACUGGAAGCCUGGCAGUGACACAAUCGUGCCGGACGUGAAGGGCUCCAAGACCUACUUCUCCAAGAACAACUGAACCCCUCUCAAUCCCCUCCAGAUAGGACUGCAUACACUGCAACACGGACAGGGUCAUCAAAGAUGUAGAUGUAUAGUGCUGGGUGCUUUCUAGUGCAAUCUUGUUUUGGCUUAUUGGACGGUGUCUCAAAGCUGUUGUUGGAACAUUUCGUAUUAAGCUUAAUUUACUUGGCACAGCAAUCCUGGUUUUUUUUGUAGUUAUUGUCAAAAAUCUGUUUCUUUUUUUUUAGUUUUGGAAAUCGUGUCUCAAUUAACAAAAAAAAGUCCUACAACAACUUGUGUAGAUUUUAGCUGUUAUUUAAAAAUUUGUGUUUCUAACAAAAUAAACUUAAACUUUUUCAUGUGUCUUUGUUUCAAAUUUUGACUUGAAGGGUUCACAUUUACUUGAUACCAGCGAUUAAAUUAUUGCUGUAAGUCUCUGAUUAUGGUUGUUUGUUACAUGGAAAUUGCUAUAAAUUGUAUAUUAAAAAAGAUGUUUAUAUGUAACUAAAAGAUGUUUAUAUGUAACUAAAAGAUAAUUGCCAUAAACAGAAAACAUUUUUGAUCUAAUGAGGUCGAUGUCAGUUUUUCCAAGCUUGGAUUAUGGUCAGAUUUCUAGGAAGAGUUUAAUGGUGUUUUUGAAGCAUUUGGUUUAUAUGCAGGUAUCUUUACAUUUUAGAUAUGAUCAGAAAAGUGUUUGUGUUAAGAUGAUAAACUGGUAUGAAAUAAAUGUAACAUUCUUCA